CGUGAAAUGUGUGAAAUAGCGUGAUACGUUGUUGUGGUAACUUGAAUAACUUCUCUCUAUGGGUCUAUGUCCUUUAUCAGGAGAGCGAUGUGUUGCGUCGACGCGCCGUCGCCGUAGAGCAAAUGGCACCAAUAGCAGCCAUAAAGCUCAGAAACAGGGAAAUUUACUAAAGCUCAGUUCAUAUUCGAAUUUAUCACAAGGACCAAGCAUCGAAAUGAUGUCCUCGUGACAGGAGUUGCUAAAAUCACAACAAUGCAAACUCGUCUUGGUGUUGAGUUAAACAACCAGCAUUACCUUAAGUGUUAACAUUUCAAAGUAAAAUCAUAAUAUUACAUUGUAGUGGGUCCAGUAGUCCUGAGGCUUAUUUACCAAAAUUUCUAAAACAGCUAUUGCUGUUGGUAACAAAUCAAAAUCUGGCAAAGAAUAACAAGUAUGGAAAAGAGUUUGCUUGCAUAACAGUUCUUCAAACCUUGGCAAGGAAAAAUCAAUGAAAUUGAGUGAUUUAUAUCUCAGUUUCCCAGUUUUUUAUAGUUUAUUAUUGGUGUAUGAUGUUGGUGUAUGAUGAUUUUCUUACGGUAAAUUUUCAUUUGACAUCGAUAAUUGAGUUCAGAAUAUUUUACAAAGUUGACAAAUCAAUGUUGAAAUUUCGACUGUGAUUGCUUUUGGAAGUUUUUUUUUGCGAAAUAAUCAAGUGUUCCACGUUAAAACAUUUGAAAAAAUAAAUAUGGAAGAUUGUGAGGAUGCAUCACCGUUACCAAUGCGCCUGGCAGUCGAAUCAUCCGCUGCUAUGUUGUCUGCAUUUACCGUCGCCCCUGUCAUAUCAAUUGUUGACAAAGCAAUUGUUUCGAAUGCAAGUGGAAAGGAGAAACUAAUUUCUUGCUUAGUCAAUGGUUUUAAGACGUUCUUCACACGACCCGUAUAUUUUCUCAGACAACCAGCGUUCUUAAUGAUUUGGGGAGUGUACGGCGGAACGUAUGUUGUGGCAAAUUCAAUCGAAGCAAUAGCCGAACGAUCGAAAAGGUCACCAGUUGUUCCAAAAUUUAUUGGUUCGUCCGCAACGAACGUAACACUAAGUGUGAUAAAAGACAAAGCAUACGCACGAAUGUUUGGUGUUGGGCAACCUAGACCAUUUCCAUCAGUCAGCCUCGGUUUGUUUGCUACUAGAGACUGUAUGACAAUAUUAGCAUCGUUUACUCUACCAACAAUGGUGGGCGAGGCACUCGACAAACGGUUUGCCAUUGGCAAACAGAAUGCCGACAAUUUGGCUCAACUGACAGUACCAUCAUUGAUGCAGUUUGUUUCGUCUCCACUACACCUAUACGGCUUGGACAAAUAUAAUCGGUCGGACCGUAGCCUCACGUUUUCAGAUCGGUUUUCACGCGUACGACAAGAGUACUUGAAAACGUCAUUAGCACGAGUUGGAAGAAUUAUGCCGGCUUUCGGUGUUGGUGGAGUAGUCAAUAAAUAUGUUAGGAAAACGGGAAAAGAUUGGUUACAGGGAUGCUAUCACCCCGUGAAACGAAACUUGUAAGCUGAUAAUUUUAUGCGUCAAAAUAUAGGGAUUGACCUUUAACGGCAUCAAUUGAUUAUUUAAUUUUGAACAUUAGAAAUUUAAAGUAUUAUAACCGAUCGUAAGCAAUGCAUGCGUUAAAAACAAACAAACUUAGCUUCUGAACUUUUUGCUGUGUUAAAAUUCGAAUUUAUUUUCUAGAUUUUAUUUUGUUCGUGUGCCAUUCCACAUAGCGGUCACACGGACAAGGCGUUAUGUUUGCUGUGAUAUUAAAAGAAAUUCGCAAAUAUUCGACAGCACCAUUAUUAGUAUUAAGUUAAACGGAACCUACUCACAUUUCAGGACAACAUCAAAAAGGCAAUAUAAAUAGGAAAAUAAUAAAAAUUGGAUAUAAGUGGAGUCAAUUCAACAUAAUAGUCAGUUAUAUUAUUAUCCAAAGUAAAUAAAGUUAAACUUCAUUGACA